GACAUCCAAACACCCCUCCGUAUUAAGAAGUUCAAUACAAUUCCAAUACCCAAACACCCCUUCUGUCUCUGUCUCUCUCUCUCUCUCUUUCAGUCUCUCUCUCUCGCAAAACCCUAUUAACCCCAAACAGGCGAUCACAAGCAAAACCUCUCUAAAACCCUAAAAAUGUCUUCGAUACUUCUUCGAUCCCGUUUAGUCUCCCGGGUAUUAAAGCGUAAUCGACGCCUAUUCAGCUCCGAUGUGGCUUCAACCCCUCCCAAAGAGCCGCUCAUCGGGGCUCAAGCCCUAGUCUCCGAUCUCACGCCUCCACCUCCACCACCGCCACCACCACCUAGUACUGAGGCUUCGAACGCGUCAAGUGGAAAAGCUUGGAACUUCCUCAAGUACUCGCUCAUUGGCGCGAUCACUGGAGCCACUGCCACUGUUGGUUAUGCCUCCUAUGCGUACUCUGUGGAUGAAAUCGAGGAAAAGACGAAGGCUCUCCGGGCAGCACCUUCAAAUAUCAAGGUGGCAGAUGAUGCACCUGCUCUUGAGAAAUUUAAAAAUCGGGUAUACUCUUCUGCAAUUACAGUGCCUGCUAAAGCAGCCGAAGUUUAUAUUGAUGCAAGGAGGACGAUUGAAGAACAAAUUCGAGGUUAUACUGAACCAUACGCAGAGAAGCUUCUUCCAGAUUUGCAUCCCAUGGAGCGACAUGUUUUUACACUUGUUUUGGAUCUGCAGGAGACGUUACUUUACUCUUAUUGGACGCGAGAAAAGGGCUGGCAGACUAUCAAAAGACCUGGAGUUGAUGCUUUCUUGGAACAUCUUGCUCAGUUUUAUGAAAUCAUCGUGUAUUCAGACUAUUCUAAUAUGUAUGUAGAUCCUGUAAUGGAGAGACUGGACACAAAGCAUUGUGUAAGAUAUAGGCUAGGAAAGGCUGCCACUAAGUAUCAGAAUGGAAAACAUUAUAGGGACCUUUCCAAACUUAAUAGAGAUCCAAAUAAAAUCAUCUAUCUGAGUGCCCACGCACGAGAAAAUAGCCUUCAGCCUGAAAAUGGUGCCAUAAUAAAGCCAUACAAGUAUGAGAUGGAUGACACAGCUCUUGUGGAUUUCAUACCAUUUCUUGAAUUUGUCGCCCGUAACCCUCCAGCAGAUAUUAGGCAAGUAUUAGCAUCGUAUGAAGGGCGUGAUAUCCCUGCAGAGUUCAUUAGGCGUUCUAAAGAGCAUCAGAGGCGAAUGCAAGAACAGAAGCAGCAAGGUCGAUUGUGGAGACGUUGAGGUCAGGAAGGAGACCGAAUCAGAAUAUUGUAAAGACUAGGUGAUGUUUUCAAGUAUAACUUCCGAGCUGGUUUUCCAGUCAGUGUUAGCUAUCAAGCUCAAGCCAAUUCCGGAGAAAUUUUGAAUUGAUUAUAUAAUUCUUUUGCGGCAUAUUAAAUCUGAUUGCUCAGUUCAGUCUUUGGGCUGUUGACAUCAUAUUUUUGGCAUCAAUUUAGCUGAAAUUUUGCUCACAGAAAUUUAUAUUUUGUAAUACCCUGAGAAUAAAUUAUUCUUAACUUGUUUGUU